AUGAAUCAGCAGCCGCCGGCGCGGAAGCUGCCCAGCCUGCUCGUGGACCCGGCGGAGGAGACUGUGCGCCGCCGCUGCCGCGACCCCAUCAACGUGGAGGGCCUGCUGCCAUCAAAAAUAAGGAUUAAUUUAGAAGAUAACGUACAAUAUGUGUCCAUGAGAAAAGCACUAAAAGUGAAGAGACCUCGUUUUGAUGUAUCACUGGUUUAUUUAACUCGAAAAUUUAUGGAUCUUGUCAGAUCUGCUCCUGGGGGCAUUCUUGACUUAAACAAGGUUGCAACGAAACUGGGAGUACGAAAACGAAGAGUGUAUGACAUCACCAACGUCUUAGAUGGAAUCGACCUGGUUGAAAAGAAGUCCAAGAACCAUAUUCGGUGGAUAGGCUCUGAUCUUAGCAAUUUUGGAGCAGUGCCCCAACAGAAGAAGCUGCAGGAGGAGCUAUCUGACUUAUCAGCAAUGGAAGAUGCCCUGGAUGAGUUAAUCAAGGAUUGUGCUCAGCAGUUGUUUGAGUUGACAGAUGACAAAGAAAAUGAAAGAUAUCCUUUAAUCUCAUAUGUGACGUAUCAAGACAUUCAUAGCAUCCAAGCCUUCCAUGAACAGAUUGUAAUCGCAGUUAAAGCACCGGCAGAAACCAGAUUGGAUGUUCCAGCUCCCAGGAAGGAUUCUAUCACAGUACAUAUCAGGAGCACCAAAGGACCCAUUGACGUUUAUUUAUGUGAAGUGGAGCAGGGUUCCCAUUCAAGUAAUAAAACGUCAGACAGUGUAGGGACCUCUUCAUCCAAAAGCAAGCCUUCGGAGCACCCUCAACCUGAGAAAGAAGAAAAUCCUCCACAUCAAAGUGAAGAAGUGCUUGAAGUGAGCAACUGA